UUUUUUUAGGAGAAUCUUAGGAGAACUCUGUAUCAUUUAUUGCAUAUUUUAGGUCUUUACUUGCUGUUCUAUUUGUAGCUUUCUUCAAUUGUUUGUUGGUUUAUGUUUGUAAAUUUCUAUUUUGUUAUUUACUCUAUUGAUUGUUUGUCACAUAUACAUAUUCCCUAACUAGUUGAGGACACUGGAAGGAUCCAUAUUCCACAUGUGGAUAGGCUUAUAGGCCUUACGGAUUUGCUUCUUUUCGUUUCAUAGAAUUUCAUCCCUUUAGGAAAACUAAAAAGACAGUCAAAUUUGAAGUAUGAAAGAUUCGGUUUCACCAAGUACAUUCAUAAACUAAGUGUUUCAGCCUACAAACGCUCAAAGUUCAUCUGGUCUUACCAAUGGCUGCAUCAAAGUCUCAGUCUCUCAAAGAAUACUUAAAAAAGUAUGAAAACACCAAUGAAGUAGAGAAGAAAAAGAAGAAGAAGAAAAGUAAAAUGCCCAAGAAAGAUCCUAUGGGUGUACUCGUGGUAGACGAAGAUCCGGUGUGGCAGAAACCUGUAAAUGUUGAAGAGGAUGAGGAAGAUUCAGCAGAUGAAGAGAAACCCCAAGUUAAUGAAGACAUUGAAGUCAAACGAAUGAAGAGAAUGGAGCAAAUUCGAUCACUUCGUCCAUAUGAUAAGAUUUCCGAGGAUGGAAGUGGUUGGAUAUCUGUCUCUGAAACUCAAAAAAACUUGAAGUCCAAUAGUACGAACCUUGAUGCAUCUCCAUCUCGUGAACGGAGAACUAGGUAUAACACACCAUCACCCGAAGCAGAAACAAACCCAUCAAAUUCUGAAAAUCAAGAUGCCGACUUGUCACCACCACGCCAAAGGCGUAGGCCUGUCCACAUACCAUCACUGAAUGGAGUAGUAAGCCCAAAAAAUUCCGAAAACAAGGAUGCUGACCUGUCUCCCCCGCGCCGAAGGCAUAGACGUGCCGACACACCAUCAGCCGAAGGAGAUGUAAACCCAGCAAUAUAUGGAAACAAGGAUGCUGACUUGUCUCCGCCACGCCAAAGGCGCAGACGUGUCCACACGCCAUCACCCGAAGGAAAAGUAAAGUUAACAUAUUAUGAAAAUAAAGACGCUGACAUGUCACCACCACGCCAAAGGCGUAGACGUGUCCACACGCCUUCACCAGAACCAGAUCUUUCUCCUCCAAGGAAAAUCAGGACAGAUCAUCUGCAUUCUGAAUCGAUAGACCUCUCUCCCCCUCGACGAACAGGUAGCAAAUCAGCUGACCUGUCUCCUCCAAGAAAAAAGAAAUCUGGUUUAAUCUCAGCCCUAGAAAUCAAGAAAGAAGUACAGAGAGAUAUGAAGGAUGAGAUAUCCAGGUUCAAAAAAAUGGAUCCAUCUGUGAGUGGAAGGGCACCUGAACGCAUUUACCGUGAUAAAGAAGGAAGACGUUUAUCUAAGGAGGAGGUCGCAAAAUUAGCAAAAGGAGAAGAAAAGCCAAAGGAAGUCAAGUUGGAAUGGGGCAAAGGCUUGGUACAGAAGAGAGAAGCUGAAGCCAAAAUGCAUGACUUAGAAGCUGAGAAGGAAAAACCAUUUGCCAGGACCAGGGAUGAUCCACAACUUGACAACAUGCUGAAAGAGAGGAUCAGGUGGGGGGAUCCAAUGGCACACUUGGUGAAGCGGAAGCAACCUGAGAUGGUCUUGGGAAAUUUAGGAGAUGAUGAGAAGAUGAAAGAGUCUGGGUUUAUGAUUCCUCAGGACAUUCCCAGCCACAGCUGGAUAAAAAGGAAAAUAGAUCCAAUACCUAAUCGUUAUGGUAUAAAACCUGGGCGUCACUGGGAUGGUGUGAACCGAAGUAAUGGAACUGAAGCUCAGUUCUUCAAAAGGAUGAAUGAGAAACAAGCUACAGAAAAAGAAGCCUAUCUGUGGUCCGUUGCUGACAUGUGAUUCAGUGCUAAUACAUGUUCCUUUUAGUCUCCUCAGUGAGUUAUUGGAUACUUGUGACAACUUAGAGCUGUACAGAAUUUUGUAAUUUGUACUUUGAAUGUAAAGUUUGUGCAAUCAAUGAAAAGGUAGGGGGUAUUAACAGGGAUGCCCACACUGGUUUCUGUCUCUUAUUUUAACGACAACCUUCCUUUUCUUAUUA